UAGCGACGCGCGACAGAGGGAUGUCUUUCAGGGACUGGUUUUUGGUGGCUGUUAUGACGGCAUGGACCUAUAGCUGCGCUAGAGGAUCCACUUGCUCUGUUAGCAGAAACCAUCCCUGUGAGUGUAAAACCCAGCAACACGAAGUAGACCUUACCUACUUCGAGAACCAAAACAGGUAUAUAGGUUGUAGCUACCACAGAUACUACGUACGUAUGUUGUGUUGUAUGUUAGUAGUGCAAUCACGGGGUGUAAAGGCAAGUGCAAUUCGACAAACACGUACGUGAGGCCUGUGGAUGUAUGUGGUCACAUGCAGUGUGCAAGUGGAAUGUUGGUAUGGAGCUAAUGUUGCAGUUCCUAGCAUCUACGUUUGCUCGAUAUUAUAAGUAUGAAAAUUCCCUAGGCUCUAAAUAUCCCCAGUGGCCUUGUUUUGUAGUGCAUAUUAGUGAUGCAUCGGUUCUCCUACAAUUUUGGUUUAUUUACAGGCUAAGCACCUCAUCAGACGGAGUCUUCUUCCAAUUCAGUCCUUGCUAUACCUUCCAGUGCUCUGGAAAUGACAAACAGUUCAUGGUAUGUUUUACCGUACUGUGGAACCUCCACAAACCGACCCUCGGAAUUGUCAUUGAUAAUGUCCUACUGCAUUGGCACAAUAUGAGAAAUGUCUCAAAAGUCUCUGAUUUCAGAGUUUCACUGUAUAGCUACUACAAUUGACGUUGUGUAGCAAGUGUCAACAAACGAAGUGAGGUAGCAAGGCAAACAAUUCAACUACACCCAGGACUUCGACGAAGGAAAAAAGAAGAGCUGCCUUAGGUGGGAUUCAAACCCACAACACUCUGCAGUUUAGGCGAGCGCUCUACCAACUGAGCUACCAGGGCAACUUUGGCUGGUAGUUCAACACAAAGGCAAACCUCAAGCCACUGUGCUAUGGCAUAGUAUAGUCUAACUCAGCACGUAGUAUUAUCCCUCUGGUCUGUAUAAUGUGUUAUAACACCAUUCAUCAACAGAUAUGUGCGUAUGAUAACAAAACCGGCGAUUAUUUUGGUCUCGGAAGAGUAGUGACUACUGACGACAAAUGGAGUAUCAAUUCGGUCUCUCCACUCAACUUUACAAUCCACUACUAUGAUGGAGAUGAGAUUAAUUCUACCACAUAUCUAAUUUCGACUGUUAACGUUGCCUACAGGGAGAAUGUAUUUGGGUAUGAAUUUACCUUCGUCAAGUUAGUUCACAGCGGAAGUGCGACUGUAGAGUAUGAAUUUCAACUGCUCACGUCGCAUGUGGCAUGGAAGAAGGAACCCCCUGAUCAGACCCCACUGAUUGCAGUGGCUGUGGUCGGAUCCUGGGUGUUCCUGGUCCUGCUGCUAUCAGUGGUGAUCCUAGUAGUAGUCGUCGUGGCAGUCCGUCCAUACAAACGGAGAAUCAGAAAUGAGCAGCAAUACCAGCCUCUUCCUAAUCCUCCAGCCUAAUAUCUCUCUUCUCCAACUCUCUCAUUAUUAUUAUUAUGCCUGUCUGACUCCGUGCAUGUUUGUUUUUAACUGCAUACUUCCACCAAAUGAUUUUCAACUCAAAACUGGACAGAAGUGAAAACAUCGCUAAGAUGCAAAACUGACAGGAUUUUACUUUGAUAUUUUUAUGAUUGAGAUUUAAUGGAUACCGGUAUCUUCUUAAAAUUAAUAAAGCAGAAUUUUAAGUAUAAGUGCCUAGUAUUAUAACCCCCAUAUAAAUUCUUAUGGAAGCUCUGGACACAUGCGUCUACCGCUGGUUAAGGUCACUCACUAAUAGAUCCCUUACUCUCAACUCCUCCCUCGGAUCUUCGCUCAGCAGC